AUGCCUCGGACUUGGCUCAUCACUGGCUAUUCGUCCGGCUUCGGUCGAGAACUUGCCCUUGCGGCGGCCAGGAACCAUGAUACUGUUAUCGCGACCUCUCGUGAUCCGUCCAAGCUAGCGGAUCUCAAGGAGCUUGGGGUUAUCCCUCGCAGAUUGGAUGUGCAGGCGGACGAUGCCGAGAUCCAGAGGUUCAUUGAGGACAUACUAUCUACCGUCGGACCUAUUGACAUCCUGGUGAACAAUGCGGGCUACAUCCUAGAGGGAGCCGGGGAGGAGUGCAGCAACGAAGAAAUCGAAGACCAGUUCUCCGUCAACGUCUUCUCCCAAAUCCGCCUGCUGCGCGCAGUCCUGCCCUCCAUGCGCGCCCGACGGUCCGGCGUCGUUGCCAAUCUUGGAAGCAUCGGCGGCUGGAGAGGCACACCAGCUGCUGGAUUUUAUUGUGCGUCGAAAGCUGCAGUGGCCAUCUACACCGAGGCUCUGCAUUGGGAAAUGGCUCCAUUCAACAUCGACGUCGUGUGCAUCGAGCCGGGAUACUUCCGCACCUCGUUCCUGACAGGUGGGCACAGGGUCAUUGCCCAAAACCGCAUCCCGGAAUUGAGUGAAGUCACCAGUGCAGCAAGGCAAGCACUUGACGCUUAUAACCGCCAACAGCCUGGGGAUCCUGUCAAGGGAGCCCAACUCAUUGUUGAGGCAUUGACAAGGACGGGGAGGUGUCAGGGACGGAAACUUCCAGCGAGACUAGCUGUGGGAAGAGAUGCAAUCCAUGUCAUUGGUCAAAGUCUGGCAAAAGAGCAAGACAUGUUGGAUACUUGGGGGGAGAUCAUUGCAACGACGGACUGUGAUGAUGUCAAGGCAGUAUGA